AUGAGUGCUGAUUGCUCUACUGGAAGUAAUCCAUUAGCCAGCCUGACCAAACAUGCUCAACAAGACCGAAGUUUGCAUCAUAAUGGGUAUCUUGGCUUGAAUCAAGGUACUCAGAACCAGUUCAAAAUGCAAGAUAACAGUAUGAGUGAGGCCAGUAAGAUGCAUAUGGAAGCCUUUGUCGGCAAGGACAGAAUGGAAAACAACAUGGCGCUGAGAAAUGGACGUCCUUUAUUGCCACCAAGUAUCUCAGAAGCGUCUCUAGAGCGUCAUAGGCCGCAACAUCAAUUUCAAGGGCCAUCUCAAGACGGAUGGAGCCAGCAGUUCCAACGCCGCUCCGCUGAAUUUAGGGCAGAUGAAGGCCAAAGCUCUCUUGCUGGGGCUAGAUCAGCUCAGGUGACUCACACACCGCAAACCUCAUCGCAAGACAGAAUGCAUGCUAUGAGAACACCUACGGCAAUGGGCACUUUUGGCCCACGAUUGGCGUCUGGUAUGUUUAGUCCAAUGGCCAGAAAUAUGCAGCCACAACAUGUCCCUCUUAAUCCACAAGCUUUUGAAAGCAUGGAUCAGGAAAACUGGGACGAGCAAUUCAGGGAGCUGGAAAAAGAAGUAGCAGAGAAGCUGGCUCUUCGAGAAGAAGAGGUCGCCAAGAAUGAAGUAGAGACCGUCGAUGGUAAGGAAUCGUUGAUCAACGACCAGUAUCAAGCAGAAUUUCAAGAGGUUUGGGACAGCUUGCGUGAAGAGGCUCUCGAAGACACGGCAUCGAAUUGGAAAAAAGAUUACCAGCAGUAUAUGUCUGGAAGACCCACCACUAGUAUACCGUACAAGUUUGAAACGGAGAAUCAAUACAUGCAUAACUCGAACGCAUACGAAAUUGGAUGCAUUUUGAUGGAAAAUGGGGCCAAACUUAGUGAAGCCGCGUUAGCGUUUGAAGCGGCAGUUCAGGAGGACCCUCAGCACGUAGAUGCGUGGCUGAAGUUGGGAAUGGUACAUACGCAAAACGAAAUGGAAAUCAGCGGUAUCAGUGCAUUGGAAGAGUGUCUGCGACUUGACCCUAAUAACCUGGACGGCAUGGUAACACUGGCUAUCAGUUACAUUAACGAGGGUUACGAUGUUAGUGCAUUCAAAAUGCUCAAUAAAUGGCUUGAAUCCAAGUAUCCGGAUUUGGUGGUGCCGGACAAUGCGAUAUCUUCUAGUGGCGAUCGCUAUAGUAUGAGCCAAGCUUUGACACUUCGGUUUUUACAGGUGGUAAACAAGCUUUCAGAGGUAGAUGCAAGCCUGCAGCUCGGACUGGGCAUACUUUUCUAUUCGAAUGAUGACUAUGACAAAACGGUGGACUGCUUUAAAGCUGCUCUUGCAGUAGCUCCUAAUGACGAGCUGAUGUGGAACAGGCUAGGUGCAUCGCUGGCAAAUUCAAAUCGAUCUGAAGAGGCAGUACAGGCUUACCGACGGGCAUUACAGCUUAAACCCACAUUCGUCAGGGCCCGCUGUAACCUGGCAGUGUCGUGCAUGAACAUGGGAUGCUGCAAAGAGGCUGCAGAGUACUUGCUUACCGCGCUGUCCAUGCACGAGGUUGAAGGACUUCUGCCCUCAGAGGCCGCUGCGAGCCAAAAUCUUUUGGAAACACUGAAACGUGCGUUUAUCGGCAUGGAACGUCGCGACUUGCUGGAAAAAGUACGUCCCAACAUGGAUUUAAAUGGCUUUAGAUCCGAAUUCAAUUUCUGA